CUAUUUUUUUUUCUUCCGAAAACAACAAAUCUUUCGAAAGGAUUCCCUGAUAGUUUUGACGUGAUUAUAUAUCGAUGACAAAUAAUACUGUAUCUACAUAUUGAAUAAUUAAUGUUUUUAACUAUAACUUUCGCGUUCUUUAAAACAAGGUUUUGUAGUGAAAGAAUAUUCAUAGUUACGACAUGGAGUAGUUUUCUCGGAUUGAUAUUUGUAUGUGUUUGAUAUACGUUAUGAAACGCGAAAGGAAAGAUCGGGUCGGACCUGAAGUUAGCCAGCUAAACUAACCAGGCAUGAUCGAGCCGUGUCAGUGACUGAAGGAAUUAAGCUAGCUGCCUGGCAGCGAGUAGGUAUGUAGUAGCCAGCUGUACUACAGGCUAACACACCGAAAUCCUUCAGAUAGUAUUGCGGUAAUUUGACUAGUUAGCCAACUAUAGCGGUCUCAAGUUGAAGGUCUCUACUCCACUUUUGGGUGCAGUUUGAGGAGACCGUUUCCCUCGAAAACCGCAUCAAGCUAAACGUCAGCAGAAUCAUCUCUCGACUUGCUGUCAAAUGAAAUGAUGACAAAGAUGCUGAAUAUUCUACUCGUCUUUACAACGCUAGGUGCAGACGGUGAGUCACUCAGAAUAAUACCAGCUGCAGAUGGCUUUUCGUUCAUCCGUCUAGUCCGUGGGGACAGUGACUGUGCGGGGCGCGUGGAGCUGCUCCAGGGAGAGCAGUGGGGGACGGUGUGUGACGAAGGUUGGGACCUGAAAGAUGCUGACGUGUUGUGCAAGGAGUUGGGCUGUGGGCUGGCUGAUAAAGCCGUCCGUAGAGCUGCGUUUGGAAGGGGCACCGGAGAGAUCUGGCUGAGGCACGUCAAGUGUUCGGGCCAUGAGGCGAGCCUGACGCGAUGUCCCAGGGUUGACAACGGGAACCCCACCUGCACCCAUGAUAAUGACGCUGGGGUGAAAUGUUCAGGUGCAAUGUUGAUCCCCACCCUGUCCCUGCUCUCCCCUCACACCACCUUAUCUCCCGGUGAGGCGGUUCGCUUCAGCUGUACUGUGCUACUGGGCCACCACCUGAAUGACUUCCACCUGUAUAAGAGGGGCAUAGCCACACCGUUGAAGACUCAGCCGGUGGGCUUUGACCAGUCCAGGGUGGAGUUUACUCUGUCAAACCUGAAGACUACUCAUCAGGGCAGUUAUAGCUGUCUGUACAGGAUCAAGGGUAUCCCUCCCUCCUCCUCCAUGCUCAGCUCUCCACCUAGCAACACUAUCAACAUCACUGUGGUGGAGCUGCUCACCCCUCAGCACUGGUACAACAUGUCCAUCGAGGCUCCCACAGGCUCUGUCGUCAAAGGCCACAGCUUCAACAUCACCUGCUUCACUGAGAAGCAGUAUCCUGGAGGUUCCUUCCAGCUGCGUCUGAUCCGCUCCAACAAAACGGUACGCUAUUCACUGCCCGCCCUCACUCCCGCUGUCACCUUCAGCUUCUCAAACGCACAGCUCUCCAACGAGGGCUUCUAUUACUGCCUCUAUAUGGUCCAGCUUGACGGGAGAACCUUCGUGUCCCGGGAGAGCCAACCGCUCCUUGUCUCCAUCAGAGACCCAGUGUUGAGCCCUAUGGUGAUCAGCUGGCUAGCUUCUGCUCUGACCUUCCUCGUGACUCUCGUCGCCAUCAUCAUCAUCAUCAUCGUUGCCAGAGUCAAGCUCUGCAAGAGACAGGAGAACCACUUGGCGCUAGAGCUAGAGACCAGAACCAGUGAGUCCUUGUCUUGUAUCGUCCCACUCCUAGCUUUUAUCCUGGAAUCCAGGUUGGGGUCAUUUCCAUUUCAAUUCCAGUCAAAUCAGAAAGUAAACCCAAUUCCAUAUUUUCCUCCCAUUGAAAAUAAUUUGACUUGAACUCUGCUGGAAUCCUAACAGAUAGAAAACACUGGUGAAACAGGGCUUAUCAGUUUGGAUUCCUGGCUAUCUUUGCUUACCACUGUCAAGUUAAUUCAGAAGAAUCAUCCUAUAUAACCACUAACAGACUAUUUACAUGUCU